GGGUUUCGGGUUGGCCCUAUAAAACGGCGCUCUAGGGGGUUGGCGUUGCUUUCCAUCCGGCCGCCUCGUCUUCACCUUGGCAUUAGAGAGCGAGAGAGGGACGAAGACGAUUGCCGGAGAAGACGGCGAGGUAACCAGCCAUGGUCCACGUUAGCUUCUACCGCAACUAUGGGAAGACUUUCAAGAAGCCCCGUCGUCCAUACGAGAAAGAGCGUUUGGAUGCGGAGCUGAAGCUUGUUGGUGAGUACGGUCUCCGGGCCAAGCGGGAGCUGUGGAGGGUCCAGUAUGCAUUGAGUCGCAUCCGGAAUGCUGCGAGGGAACUGCUUACCCUUGAUGAGAAGAACCCACGGAGGAUUUUUGAGGGAGAGGCCCUCCUGCGCCGGAUGAACCGGUAUGGGCUCCUAGAUGAGAACCAGAACAAGCUUGAUUAUGUUCUGGCCCUCACCGUGGAGAACUUCCUUGAGCGCCGGCUCCAGACCCAGGUGUUCAAGUCUGGAAUGGCCAAGUCUAUCCACCAUGCCAGGGUCCUCAUAAGGCAGCGCCACAUCAGGGUUGGCCGCCAGGUGGUGAACAUUCCUUCAUUCAUGGUGAGGGUUGACUCAGCUAAGCACAUUGAUUUUGCUCUCAAUAGUCCAUUUGGUGGAGGUCGCCCUGGAAGAGUGAAGCGAAAGAACCAGAAGGCAGCAGCUAAGAAGGCAGCAGGAGGUGAUGGUGAUGAGGAAGAUGAAGAUUAAGAAGUUGAUCAUGGACUUGGUAGCAAAUAAUUGUCAGUUUAGGUUCCCAAAUAUUGUUUUGAAGGCUUUUGUUAGAUUUCGCCAGUGAACCAUUGUGUUCUCUCGCUUUUUGACCGUUGGAAUAUGAAGUUGUGUUGCACCAUUGACUUUGCUUUCUUUCAGAUGUUGCAUCACCCAAGUGGUGCCCCAGGUUGCAUUUUUAUCAUGCUAAACUUUUUUUUUCUCAGUUUUGCUUGUCUGAUUUGAAUUAUUUGCUUCAGUGGUUAGUUUGUUGUU